UCGAGUUUCUUGCAAUGGGCGAGGACCUGAGCGACCUUCAGUAUAUCGAUGCGCGGAUUGUCUCGAGGAUUAAGGCAUUCGUGCUGGUCGGGCAACAAUUCUCGGACACACCCGUUUUUAUUCAGCGCGGAGCUAUCACUAGGUUUUACAAAGCGUUAUGCCGGGUACAGGAGUUGUGUCUACUCUCAAAUCCGUACCCAUUGACAGAUGUCGACCAGCUUAUUUGCCUUAAAAACUUGCAGAUCGACCUGAGCGUGGACGAGUUUCCCUAUUUGCACGGAGCCAUUCAGCAACUGCCAAGACUCGGGGUGUUGGAUAUCGUGUUCAAGAAACACUGGAGCGCCCGCAAGUACCCUUACACACUUUUGCCAGGUGAAAACACGCCUGCAAUCGAGAACGCAGUACCUAGCACAUACAGGCAUGGAACCAAUAUUAUCGAUGCCUCUGACCUGCCCCCGAUCAGCACCUCGCUCUACUAUGUCAGCAUCGCACACAGCGGUCCAGAGAUGUUCCAUCGUGCCUGUAUUCUCAUUCGCAGCUUGCCCAACCUGACGAAGGUUGCUGUCCACGAGAGUAAUGCGCUUGACAUUCUCGAAUUCAAUCGCAUAAGGGGCAGAGGUGUUAAAACCGAGGUGUAUGGCUAGGAGUCCUGGCUUUCUUUAAGAUGUACCAUAUGUAUCUAUCAUAUUUACUCCAAUUGCAUAUCUCUU